AACUUCGCCUUUUUGCGAUUCUUUCGAGGGAGAGAGAGAGAGAGAAGAAUAAUUAAAUAUUUUUUCGUUCAUCAAAAUUUUAUUUUAUUUGGCUUUAAAAUACUAUUAUUAUUUUACUAUGAAAAAAAUAGAACUCCUCUUCCCGUUUUGUUGAGACAAUAAUUGGCAAUUAUCGAUCAAAAAUUUCGUCGCUUUUAACUCUCUUCUCCAAUAGAUCUGUUCCAGCUCACGCCAUGGAUUCUUCUUCUUCACUAAAGGGUAUUGAGCUUGGGAAGCUUGUGUUGAGCUCCGAUCUCUUAGACAGUUCAUGGAGUAAGAUCUCUGAGAUACAAGAAUCAAGCUAUCCGAAUAAAGAUUCAGCUCUAGGAAUCAAGAUUUACCGAGAAGCUAAACGCACCUUUGUGGUUUUCGCUGCACCACCGCUUCGCAGAGAUGGAUCUAUAGACUCUGCUUCUACUCGUCUUUCUGGGUCAAAAGAUCAAAACCCGUUUCAUUUCCUCUGCUCCGAGAAGAAGUCCUCAUUCUCUAUUCACUCACAUGCUUUUCAGCUCUUUAAAUCCUAUAAUCAAAACCUCCUUGGCCUCAAAUCAGAGUUGCUCGAGUUGCUGAAGUCUAAGAAACAUGUGAUCAUCACCGGAGCUGCGUUAGGAGGAUCCGUCGCGUGUCUCUUUACGCUAUGGCUUCUAGAAACAGUCGAGCCAGGACAAAAGCUUCCCCUCUGCAUCACGUUUGGCUCGCCUUUCAUCGGAGACGCCUCUUUGCAGCAGAUUCUUCAGAACUCCCUGAGGAAUUCAUGUUUCCUUAACGUGGCUGAUAUUGCUUCACAGACUCCCAUCGCGGCGGAUCUCUUCAAGCCCUUUGGAACGUUCUUGAUUUGUUUUGGUUCCGAGUGCAUUUGCAUCGACGACACCGAGGCGGUCAUGGAGUUGCUUAAAAGUGGUGCUGCUAACACUCACGUGGUAGCGUGGAGAGACUACGGAGAAGUUCUAGAUCGUCUGGAUCAUUCGGUGUUAUCAACGGAGGCGGAUACAAGACUGGUGAUUGAUGAUGGUGUUAUCAUGCGAAUGGAGGAACGUGCGGCGAAGAAGAAGGCGCGUUGUGAUAAGCUGAAGAAACUAAACGACAUCAAAAUAUCAAUGGCGUAUAUAGAGUGGUACAAAAAGCUAAGCAAGGAGGCCAAGAUCGGUUACUACGACCGGUUCAAGACGCAUCUCGCGACUCCUGUUUCACAGUUGGAUAUUAAAAUGGAGGGGCGCAUAAGAGAGAUAAACGAUUACUGGGAAGCGUUGGUUGAAGAAGUUGAGAAGAUGCCUCAGAGUGAGAAGUCGAAUCUCAAGACCCGUUGUCUCUUCUCCGGGCACAAUUACAGACGGAUUAUCGAACCGCUCGUCAUUGCCAGAUACUACCUCGAUGGUGGGACGGGGUACCGGACCUUGAGAAGAAGGUCUCGCCACUUUGUUAUGCUCGAGGAUUGGUUUAAGGCGGAGUCGAUAGAACCGGAUAGAUGCGAUAAGAGAGACUUGAGUCAUCUCUUAACGUUUGAUUCUUGCUUCUGGGCUGAUGUUGAGGAAGCUAUGAUCGUGAUCAAGUCGCUGGAAGCACACGAGGGGAUGAGAGACGAGGCAUCGAUGGCAAAACUCGUGAAGUUUGAGGAAUACGUGUGGGGGUUGAUCGGAAAACGUGAGGUUUCGCCGGAGAUAUUCUUGGAGAAGAGCAGUUUCAUGAAGUGGUGGGAAAAGUACAAAGAGAUCAUCGAAGACAGUUCAGACUUCACCGAGUUUAUGAACACUGGCAAGUACGAGAGGUAUGGUCAGGUCGGCUGAAGAGGAAAAUGGCUUUGCCCUUAAACCGGUAUUAUUAUUAUCAACGGCUGGUUUUGGACCAAUAAUGAUUUCAGUUUGUUUUUCUUGUUAAGGCAAAAUAAAUGAAGUUGUAUUUGGGGUCAGUAAUUAUUUAAUUCAAUGAUUCAUUGUUAGUAAGUAUCUACAAGAACUUUUUUUAGGAAAUUUCGCUACCAAUUUCUGUCCGUAAAAAGGAAAAAGAAAAAGAUUCCGC